CAAAAAAUAAGUCUCAUUGUCCGAUCCUCCAAAGCUCUCAAAGCUCAAAAUAUUUCAUUAGUUUAAGGCUCUUGAUUUAAAUUAUUCCUUGUCCCCCUUCUUCGUCCUCUUUUGAUUAAUUUACAAACAAAGUACAGCAAAAUUUGCUAAUGGAAGGGCUAAAUUCAGCUUUAAAACCUCCAACUUAUGGAAAACUAGUCACCAUUCUCAGCAUUGAUGGAGGUGGAAUCCGAGGGGUUAUCCCUGGAAUUAUUCUUAGUUUCUUAGAAUCUGAACUUCAGAAACUUGAUGAAAAAUUAGGAGACACCAAAUUGCACCAGACAUUGACCAACGUUGUUAUUCCUACAUUUGACAUCAAAACCCUCCAGCCAACCAUCUUUUCCUCAUAUGAGGUGAAGAGAAAGCCAUCUUUAGAUGCCUUACUCUCAGAUAUAUGCAUUGCAACCUCAGCUGCGCCGACUAUUCUUCCAGCCCACUAUUUCACCACCAAAAACACCGUCGGAGAGGUUAUCAGAGAAUUCAACCUCAUAGAUGGUGGUGUUGCAGCCAAUAAUCCGACAUUAGUGGCUAUGGGGGAAGUGACGAAGGAGAUAAUCGGAGGAAGCCCCGACUUCCUUCCAAUGAAUCCGUUUGAUUACACAAGAUUUCUGGUUAUAUCGUUGGGAACUGGCUCAAAGAAAUUAAGCGAAGAGAAAUACACUGCAGACGAAGCGGCGCAAUGGGGUAUACUGAGUUGGCUAACCAACGGCGGUUCCACCCCUUUAAUCGACGCAUUCUCUCAAGCCACUGCCGAUAUGGUCGACUUACACAUCUCCGCCGCGUUCAAGGCCCUACAAUCUGAAGGCAAUUACCUUCGUAUUCAGGAUGAUACAUUGAAGGGGGUUGUAUCUUCAGUUGAUGUAGCGACCAAGAAAAAUUUGGAUGAUCUUGUGAAAGUCGGGGAAGAACUGUUGAAGAAGCCGGUUUCUCGGGUUAAUUUGGAAACGGGUUUGUAUGAGCCAUUUGACAAAGGAUCCAACGAAGAGGCACUGAAGAGGUUCGCAAAAGUGCUAUCAGAAGAGAAGCGGCUUCGUGAUCUUAGGUCACCCCAUGGGCGGGCUGCAACUCCAAAUGGUGUUAAAAAUUAAUUAGUGAUUCAUUUAACAUUAAAGAAUUAGGGAUAUUUUUUUUGUUUGUUAGGAACCAAAAUGUGGGUUAAUUAAACCCUCUGGUAUACGUGGUUCUUUAAUUAAUUAUGAUUUGUUGUAUGUUUGAAUAACUCCUGGAUUGUGUGGGACACAAUUUGUUCUGUACUAAGUACAAAAAAUAUUGUUUGAUCCUUUUGGGUUUGAUGAAUAAAAGUGAGUUCCUUGA